AUUCGUGAUCAGCCCUGGAAGUAUCCCUUGUCUCUCACCACACGGAUCCUCACCAAACUCGCAUAGAUCAUAUAUCAUUUGGUACUUCGGAUUAUCGAAAUCUCUUCGGAUCUUUCAUUUGCACCAUUCAUUUCCCACCAAACAGUCUGACGCUGCCGUUGCUGCCAUGUCGUCAUCAGGAAGACCUUCUCCGUUGAUUCGGGCACCAAGUCAGAAACUUGGUCCAGAAUACAGGCCCGCUCAGGAGAAACCUACGGCAACUGUUUCGACAGAGCCCAAGAUUGACAAUCUUCACACCUUGAAACAAACAUCACAGCUCAUUGCACUUCUCACCUUGAUACGCGAUAAGCACACCAACCGCGCCGACUUCAUCUUCUACAGUAAUCGUAUCAGUCGACUGUUAGUAGAAGAGGCAUUGAAUCAUCUGCCUGUGCUUCCACUCUCUGUGACCACUCCUGUCGGCCGUCCUUAUGCCGGUGUCAAGUUUGAAGGUCAGAUAUGCGGGGUUUCCAUCAUGCGUGCAGGCGAGGCGAUGGAGCAGGCGCUCCGCGAAUGCUGUCGUAGCGUCCGCAUCGGUAAGAUUUUGAUCCAACGAGAUGAGGAGACAAGCAAACCACGGCUUUUUUACGAUAAACUCCCGGCGGACAUCAAGGACCGUUGGGUCCUGUUGCUCGAUCCAAUGCUUGCUACAGGCGGGUCCGCUAUGAUGGCCGUCGAGGUCCUCCUCUCAAAGGGGGUGCCAGAAGAACGAAUUCUGUUCCUCAACCUCAUUGCCUCUCCGGAGGGAGCCCAGAAUUUCGCUCAAAGGUUUCCACGCCUCAGGAUCGUUACAGCCUUUGUUGAUGAAGGCUUAGACGAGAAGAACUACAUCGUUCCAGGUCUAGGAGAUUUUGGAGAUCGCUUCUACACUCUGUAGUAUUCUUUCUAGAUCGUCGCUUGUGUGCAAAUCAUACGAUCUUAGUAGCUUCCAACAUCUGUAUCAUCGAGGUAACGUCUCAUCAUUACAUACAUACAGUUAUGCACUGUAACUUCCUGAAAUGGUCUCAGUUAUGAAUAAUCGGGUGAAGCUUGCAGGGUCCGGCUUCGUCCCAAUGAGGUUAGCUCACAAAUCGGGAAAGCUCAAAUUUCUGGAUGGUUCCCUCCGGGGUUGCGCGCCGGCUAGACCAUUCGCAUAAUAUGAUAUUGGC